AUGAGUGUUCCCGAUAUUCGUUUAGAUUUAGAAGAGACUAAUUAUAAGCCUUCACUAUCAGCUUUUCCAUCUUCAUCUUCAUCCACUUCAUCCUCAUCUUUAAAUCCUCGUCCAAGGGAUCAUGCUAAUAGAAAAAGAUCCAAUUCUCAAUCCCAAGUUGUUUCUCAACCUUCAACAACAAGAACUAAUACAUCAAAAUCAAAUAAAUAUUCUCUUAGAGAUUCAGACACGAGCUACUUGAAUAAACGAUCUUUGAAUGAAUAUAUCAUCACUUUAACUCCUUUGAAUGAUACUUUUAUCGAAAAAAGAUUACAUAUACCUCAUAGCCCUGAACAUUUGGAAUUAGGAAGACCUACAGGAAGUAAAGUUAAACCAGAUGUGACCAAUGGAUAUUUCGAUUCUCGUGUUCUAAGUCGAAAACAUGCUUCCAUGUAUUAUGAUCCAGCUUUAGAUAAAAUCAUGAUUAAAGAUUUAAAUUCUUCUAAUGGUACUUUUGUUAAUGAUGAAAAAUUAGGAACUGAACCAGUGUCAGUUGAAGAAGGUGACACGAUUAACUUGGGGUUUUACAUACAGCAAGAAAGUAAUCAUAAACAAAUCAGUGCAAAAGUUAAAAACAUUAGCAUAAUGGCUAAUUUUUUGAAAACUACAAAUGGUACUAGUUCGAAUAAUAAGGGUAUCAAUAAACAUUCUAAUGGAUCAGCAAAAAUAAAUGGUGCCCUUUCUGCUCUCGAUAAACUACAAAAUUCAGAAUCCUAUGAUUUCAGACAUUUAAACUUCAUUCAAGAUAUUUUCACUCAUCUUCCAGAUCAGUCUACUAAACGGAAAAAUAAGAAGCCGAUUGAUGGUAUAAAUGAUCAACUAUCCUUUGAUAGUGCGUUAUUCAGUGAUAUAAAUCCAAAUGUUGAAGAAACAUUAUUGGGGCUUAGUAAUAGAGGCAGUACUGGAAUAUUCAAUAAUUCUCAAAUUACUAAUCCUACAAAUUUAGAUUCAAUUUUUGGUCUAUUAAUCCUGAAUUUGUCAAAGGUUAAACAACAAAAUACAACUUUGAAAACAUUAGAUCAAUUUAUUAAGAACUACCAAUCAAAAUUAAAUGAACUUAAUUCAAGUUAUAUAUCUAAAGAAGUUGACCGUAGAAUUUCAAAAGUGAGAGAACAAGUUGAAUCUGAAAAAAUGAUUUCAAAUAAAUUACGGUAUAAAAAUGAAGAGUUAGAGAAAACCCAUACUGCUCAUUCUGAAAAGCAUAAGAUUCAACUUGAAAAAUUGAAUGAAGAAAAUGAAAAAUUGAGAAAAUCAUUGGCUGAUGAAUUGGCUAAAGCAGAAGAAUUG